AUGGACGAUUUACAAAAUUUCGAGUACCUGUCGCUUGUAUCAAAGAUUUGCUCCGAAUUGUACAAUCAUUUAAAUCUUGACGAUAAAGAUUUGGCCGAAUUUAUCAUUCAUUUAGCGAAAGAAAGCAACACUUAUGAUGUUUUUCGAAAGAAAUUAAGUGAAAAUGACGCCGAUUUUCCUGAUUCGUUCAGCAGCAAUUUGUAUCGUAUUGUUCAAAAAAUGUUACCGACACCAACGAAGACAACAACAACAAUCGACAAUGGAAGCGAAACCAAUGGCGAACAAUCUCGGCAAUUGACAGACAUGGCACUGCGGAAAGCCAUGUGUCCAGCUUUAUGUCGACCCAAUGAUCCAUCAAUUCGAACAAUGAUUUACGAUGAAACAAAGCCAGAUAUUCCGAAAGAGGAAGAUAAACAGACUGUUGACGAUCUUAUGGAUGAAUUAGUAAAUCUUGAAGCCAAAGCGAAAUCGAAUCAAUCGGUGAAACGCGACGAUUAUGAUGAUCACAAGAAAAAGAAAAAGCAUCACCGAAAUCGUUCGCCAGAUUCAAAACACGAUCGAAAGAAGUCUAGUCAUAAAGAUCGUAAACGUCGUCGACGUUCAUCAACCGGUUCUCGAAGUGACAGUCGAAGUAGUCGUAGUAGUUACGAUCGCUCUCCUUCACCGAAACAUCAUUCCUCGAAAAAAACACGGCAUCAUGAUCGCAAUGAAUCACCACCACGCCAGAGAGCGCCAGAUAAACCAACUGUUGGGAAUAUUUAUGAUGGAACAGUGAUGUCAAUCAUGCGAUGGGGAUGCUUUGUACGGUUGACUCAGUUUCGCAAUCGUUUAGAAGGACUUGUUCAUAUAUCAAAUAUUCAUAAGGAUCGAAUUGCAAAUGUGGCUGAUGUUAUCAAACGUAAUCAAGCUGUAAAAGUCAAAGUUCUUUCAUGUACAGAUGACAAACUCAGUCUCUCGAUGAAAGAUGUUGACCAAGACACAGGUGAUGAUUUGAAUGAAGAUUUAACAAAAAAAUUACGUGGUGAAAUAAGCAUUGAAAAUGAUCGAAAUCCGGAUGGUCCUGCUGGUUAUUCCUCGUUAAACCGAAUGAAUCCCCGUGAUCCUUCGAUGGCCGGUCAAUUAGAUAUCAAUUCGAAAGAUAAUCGAGGAAAAAGUUCUCGACAAGUCUCCGAUUAUGAUCAAUGGGAACUUAAUCAAAUGCGUAGUGCGAAAUGUAUCGACCUUACUGAAUUACCAUACUAUGAUGCCGAAACUGGACUUUUAUCUAAAGAGGAUGAUUCCGAUGGUGAAGAUAUCGAAGUGGAAGUUGUUGACGACGAAGCACCGUUUUUAAAAGGUUAUGGUAAACAAAGUGUGCAAGAUUUGAGUCCGGUAAAGAUUGUGAAGAAUCCGGAUGGAUCGCUACAACAAGCAGCGAUGAUGCAGAGUGCCUUAUCGAAAGAACGACGAGAAAUUCAACAGGAACAACGUGAUCAACAACAACGAAGCGAAACAUUUCGUCCAAAUGGUACGAAUUACGAUGAUCCGAUGAAUCCUGACAGUUCAACAUCACGUACAACAUCAGCAGAUCUAAAUUCGAAAUCAGGGGCAAAUAUGUCGGAGUGGAAGAAAUCUCUAAUGAAUAGCAAGCCAACAUUCGGUAAACGAACAACAAUGAGUAUUAUUGAACAACGGCAAAGUUUACCAAUUUACAAAUUAAAAGAACAAUUACUCAAAGCUGUCAAUGAUAAUCAAAUACUUGUCGUUAUCGGCGAAACCGGAUCGGGAAAGACGACUCAAAUUACACAAUAUCUAGCUGAAGCUGGCUACACAUCACGAGGUCGAAUUGCAUGUACGCAGCCGCGUCGUGUUGCUGCCAUGUCCGUUGCUAAACGUGUCGCUGAAGAAUUCGGUUGUCGACUUGGACAGGAAGUUGGAUAUACAAUCCGUUUUGAAGAUUGUACAUCACCGGAAACCAAAAUCAAAUAUAUGACGGAUGGUAUGUUAUUGCGAGAGUGUUUAAUUGAUCCAGAUAUGAAUCAAUAUUCGGUGGUCAUGUUGGAUGAAGCACACGAACGUACCAUCCAUACUGAUGUUCUGUUUGGUCUAAUGAAACAGGCUGUGCAAAAACGUUCAGAACUGAAAUUAAUCGUCACGUCAGCUACUUUAGAUUCCGUCAAGUUUUCCGAAUAUUUCUUCAAAGCACCAAUCUUUACCAUUCCCGGUCGAACAUUUCCUGUUGAAGUUCUGUAUACGAAAGAACCAGAAACCGAUUAUCUCGAUGCAUCAUUGAUUACAGUUAUGCAAAUUCAUCUUACUGAACCACCAGGUGAUAUAUUAGUAUUUUUAACUGGUAAAGAAGAAAUCGAUACGGCGUGCGAAAUUUUAUUUGAACGAAUGAAAACUCUGGGCCCUGAAGUUCCUGAACUGAUUAUCUUACCAGUAUAUUCAGCAUUACCUAGUGAAAUGCAAACCAAAAUCUUCGAUCCGGCACCACCGGGUUCACGCAAGGUCGUUAUUGCAACAAACAUUGCUGAAACAUCACUAACUAUUGACGGUAUCUAUUACGUUGUUGAUCCUGGUUUCGUGAAACAAAAAGUCUUCAAUCCAAAAUCAGGCAUGGAUAGUCUCGUGGUCACACCUAUCAGUCAAGCUCAAGCAAAGCAACGUAUGGGUCGUGCAGGUCGAACAGGUCCAGGAAAAGCUUAUCGAUUAUAUACCGAACGUGCUUACCGUGAUGAAAUGCUUUCAACUAAUGUCCCUGAAAUUCAACGAACAAAUUUAGCCAGUACAGUGCUAAGUUUGAAAGCCAUGGGUAUCAAUGAUCUGCUAUCAUUCGAUUUCAUGGAUCCACCACCAUUAGAAACCAUGAUUAUGGCCAUGGAACAAUUGCAUGCACUGAGUGCACUGGACGACGAAGGAUUGUUGACUAAACUUGGUCGACGUAUGGCAGAAUUUCCAUUAGAGCCACAAUUAUCAAAAAUGUUAAUCAUGUCCGUUGAAUUACGCUGCGCCGAAGAAGCAUUGACCAUCGUAUCGAUGCUUUCCGUACAGAAUGUUUUCUAUCGACCAAAAGAAAAAGCAGAACAAUCGGAUCAACGUAAAGCUCGUUUUCAUCAAUCCGAAGGUGAUCAUUUAACCCUACUUGCUGUUUACAAUGCUUGGAAACAGAAUAAGUUUUCCAAUCUAUGGUGUUAUGAAAAUUUUAUUCAACAACGUUCAUUAAAACGCUCGCAAGAUAUUCGAAAACAAAUGUUGGGUAUUAUGGAUCGACAUAAAUUGGACGUUAUUUCAUGCGGAAGACAAACUGGUCUUGUUCAAAAAGCAAUCUGCUCUGGUUUCUUUCGAAAUGCUGCAAAACGUGAUCCUCAAGAAGGUUAUCGAACAUUAGUCGAUAGUCAAGUAGUUUAUAUUCAUCCAUCGAGUUCGAUCUAUCAUCGACAACCGGAGUGGCUUUGUUAUCAUGAGUUGGUUUUCACGACGAAAGAAUACAUGCGUGAAGUUUGUGUAAUUGAUCCUAAAUGGCUUGUUGAGUAUGCGCCGAAGUUUUUCAAAUUUGGAGAUGCAACAAGAUUGUCAAAGAUGAAGAAAGAACAACGUGUCGAACCAUUGUUCAACAAAUACGAAGAGCCCAAUUCAUGGCGUAUCUCACGUCUUCGUCGACCAUACUACAAUCCAGCUGGCAAAUUUGGUUAA